AAAAGGACGUUUCCCAGAUAUUUAACAACAUCUUGAGAAGACAAAUUGGCACACGCAGCCCUACCGUGGAAUACAUUAGUGCCCAUCCACAUAUCCUAUUCAUGCUUCUAAAAGGAUAUGAAUCUCCAAAUAUUGCCUUACGCUGUGGAAUUAUGCUGAGAGAGUGUAUCCGGCAUGAACCACUGGCCAAAAUCAUACUUUUUUCGGAACAGUUCAGGGACUUUUUUAAAUAUGUGGAAAUGUCAACAUUUGAUAUAGCUUCUGAUGCCUUUGCUACAUUCAAGGACCUGUUAACGCGACACAAAUUGUUGGUAGCAGAAUUUCUGGAACAAAAUUAUGAUGCGAUCUUUGAGGAUUAUGAAAAACUCCUUCAUUCUGAGAAUUACGUAACAAAGAGACAAUCUUUGAAGCUGCUGGGUGAAUUGAUUCUGGACCGACACAACUUUGCCAUCAUGACAAAAUACAUCAGCAAACCAGAAAAUCUGAAGCUGAUGAUGAACUUGCUGCGAGAUAAAAGCCCCAACAUUCAGUUUGAAGCAUUCCACGUGUUCAAGGUUUUUGUGGCCAGUCCAAACAAAACACAGCCUAUUGUGGAGAUCCUGUUGAAAAACCAACCCAAGCUAAUUGAGUUUCUGAGCAAUUUCCAGAAAGAGAGGACGGAUGACGAACAAUUCACUGAUGAGAAGAACUACCUGAUUAAGCAAAUCCGAGACUUGAAAAAGCCAACGGCAUGAAGAACUCUCGUUUUCCACUGUAGGCAUUAAUCUCAUUUAUUAAGUUCCUCUGUGUCCCUUAAACACCACAGUAGUGCUUGAGAAGGCACAGCAAGUGCCUGGUUUUUAUUUUGUCUUUGUUCCUAGAUGUCAAGAGUAUAGGGGUUUUACAUGAAAACUAAAAAAAACCAAAAAUCUAGAAUAAUAUAUUAUUUUUAGUCAAGACUAUAAUUAUUUAUGUCAGUUUAGAAUCUCGCUGUAAUAGAAGCUGGUUUGACGGAUUUUCAUUUGUGCUCAAGAAGAAUGAACCUCUUUGCUUAACUUUAUCAGCAAACUCAAGCUGUUGGUGAGUGCACAGAGUAGGUCUUCUGAGGACCGUAACGUUGUUCCUUUGCACCUGUAGCUGCGACUUUGUUCUAGUGCUGCACAUACACAAGACUGUGAAAGAGUACGUUUGUCUCUGGAGUUAGCUGCACUUACAGAUCGGGUUCUUUAGACAAAACAGUGGGAGAUGAAAGAGCAGUUAAAGGUCACGUUUUUGCUUUAUUUUUGUGUUCUUU